GAUCAAAAUACAGGUCUCUUGCGCUCGGCAGCUUAAAGUGUGUUUGCAAGCCUUCCAGUAAAGGUCGACGAAGUUUUCAACCAAAGCCGGUUCAGUUUCUACUUGACCAACACAACACUUACCUCAAGCAUCAUGACCACCUACUUCAACUACCCAUCGAAGGAGCUGCAGGAGGAGCUGGCCCGCAUUGCCAAGCAGAUUGUUGCCCCCGGUAAGGGUAUUCUGGCCGCCGACGAGUCCACGGCCACCUGUGGCAAGCGUUUCGCUGAUAUCGGUGUUGAGAACAACGAAGACAACCGUCGCCAGUACCGUCAGCUGCUGUUCACCGCUGACGAGCGCCUGCAGGAGCACGUUUCUGGUGUGAUUCUGUUCCACGAGACCCUGUACCAGAAGGGCGACGAUGGAACCCCACUGGCUAAGCUGCUCGCCAACAAGGGCAUUCUGGCCGGCAUCAAGGUCGACAAGGGUGUCGUCGAUCUGAUGGGCUCGGAAGGCGAAUGCACCACUCAGGGUUUGGAUGAUCUCGCUGCUCGCUGCGCUCAGUACAAGAAGGACGGUUGCGACUUCGCCAAGUGGCGUUGCGUGCUGAAGAUCGGCAAGAACACCCCGAGCUACCAGUCCAUCCUGGAGAACGCCAAUGUGCUGGCUCGCUACGCUUCCAUCUGCCAGUCGCAGCGUAUCGUCCCGAUUGUCGAGCCCGAGAUCCUCCCCGACGGUGACCACGACCUGGAGCGCUGCCAGAAGGUCACCGAGACCGUGCUGGCCGCCGUCUACAAGGCGCUGAGCGACCACCACGUCUACCUGGAGGGUACGCUGCUGAAGCCGAACAUGGUCACCGCUGGCCAGAGCUGCGCGAAGAAGCCAUCGGCUCAGGAGAUCGCCCUGGCCACCGUGACGGCCCUGCGCCGUACCGUGCCGGCCGCCGUGCCCGGAGUCACCUUCCUGUCGGGCGGUCAGUCCGAGGAGGAGGCCUCGGUUAACCUGAGCGCCAUCAACCAGGUGCCACUGCUGAGACCGUGGGCGCUGACCUUCUCGUACGGUCGUGCCCUGCAGGCUUCGGUGCUGCGCGCCUGGGGUGGCAAGAAGGAGAACGUGAAGGCCGCCCAGGAGGAGCUCAUCAAGCGUGCAAAGGCAAACGGAUUGGCAUGUCAGGCAAAGUAUGUCCCCGGUUCGAUUCCCUCGUACGCCGCUAACGCUAGCUUGUUCGUGAAGUCGCACGCCUACUAAACCUACCGCGACCAGAAGCACCUGGACGCGCACAACGCCGACACGGAGCCACCGUAUCCCAGGAGCAAUAUGGAGCGUGCGUGCGACCGAUGCGAUCCUCACUCUGCCUUCAGGACGUGAUGAUGGCAGGAUAGCUUAACAGCAAACCCAACACAAACCCGCACACAAUCGAUUGAUCACACACACCACAACCACAAACACACAGACACUCGAUCGCCCUCGGAUAAGCUAGUGUUUAACGACAUUCCACGAACGAAAGAGGAGGGAGAGAAACGCAGGGAGCCAAUUGAACCGUGGACACCGUUGUUUCGUAAACUCGCACACAAACGAUGUAGAAGAUAGAUAGAUCGAUGUGCAAUAGCAGUGCCAUGCUGAGUAGAUUCCCUCGAUUUUUUUGCCACUCCACCCCACGAAUCAAUAGAGUGCUCUCGUACAGCAAGUUGCGUUUACACAGAACCACUCCACCAACCAAAAACACAGGCGUACACUUGUUGAAUGUAGUUCGUUUUCCUUUUAAUCAUCGUCGAAUUUCCAAGCAUAGCUUUAUAUUCACGAAUGUUCAGCUUUUUUUGCUCUUUAAAUUUUUUUUUUAUAAUUUCUUAUUGGAAACUUGUUUAAUUUUUGUAUGUUUGUGUGUUUACCUUAGUAUAAAAAUAUAUACGUAUUUGUUCCUAAUCUCUAACGCCCGAGACUUAUCCUCAGUAUGCUAUCUGUGGCAAGAUCAACCGGUUAACUCAUAUCAAAAGCAUUCUGUGGUUGACUGUAGAUUAGUUAAGUAACUGGAGUGCUCCACGAAAUAAUCAAAAAAAAAAACAAGAAAAUCUGAGCGCAGUGGAGCAAUCCCCGUUUAAACUUAAUCUGCAAUCGUGCUGCUGCUUUGACGAGGACGCCAUGCUGUGUGUACAAGUGGAAUACGAAUAUCAUAAAUUCGGAAUGAAACAAAACAAAUACUAAAAAAUGGUAAAGUAAAACAAAACUGAAACGAACGCACAGCAGGGAAUGGAUGUACUCGGUAGAGCGAACCGGAUAAGAGUUACGAUUCGAAAGCAAACAGAAACAAAAAAUACUGUAUGAAAUAAAUUCGUUUGUCAAAAGUGAA